ACUCGGUCAAGUUUCGCCGCGUCCUCCUCCACUUACCAAAAAAUAUUUAAUUUAAAUAUAAAUACCACUUCUAAUUUUAGUAAAAUACUCCUUUAAGGUUUUGCUUAAUUCUUGUUUCAAUAUUAGUUUUAAUUUUUUUCCAAAAUGUAUUUCUAUUAUUUUCUUGUUUUUCUUGCCAUAAACUUUUUGUCCAGCGCAAUCUUGCGCAUUUUUAUGUAUUCUACAUUAGUAUUUUGGAUAAUAUUUAAAAAUGUUAAAUACUACAAAAGCCUUCCACCUGGGCCAUGGGGAUUACCACUGCUGGGAAUACUGCCUUUCCUGAACCGCAGACCUCCUCAUCUGGUGUACUUAAAUAUGGCUAAGAAGUAUGGAGAUGUAUUCUCCGUGCAGAUGGGCAGCAACCUAACCGUAUGCCUUGGUUCUACGAAACUAAUGAAGGAGUUCUUUAGUAGGAACGACUCCACCGGCCGACCUCACACUCCUUUGAACAACCUCUUGGGCGGACUUGGUGUUAUCACAAGUGAAGGUUCUCUAUGGAAAAGACAGCGCGUGUUCCUCCACGAGAAAUUCCGCGCUCUCGGUGUCAAGCUCUGGCCCAACACACGUUUCGAAAGAGACAUAAAUGUUGAAAUCGAUGAGUUGAUGAUGGAACUAAACAAAUCGGAGGGAAAAUCGGUAAACCCAGCCCAUGUACUUGGAAGACAUAUUCAUAACGUCAUAUGCCAGCUCAUGAUGAGCUUCCGUUUCACGGCUGAUGAUGCGGAGUUCAGGUUAUUUAAUGAAAAGGUCUCCCGUGGUAUGAGACUGUUCGGCCUAGUACUCAUCGGCGAACACGUUAAGGCCUACUUGAAACUGCCAGGAAAAAUGGCUGUCAUAAACGAAAUCAAAAAGAAUUUGGCCGAUGUGAGUAAUUUUCACAAGGAGCACAUUGUCGCGCGGAUCCAACAAAGUGAACAGUCCUCGGAGCCACGCCAGCCAGCCGACUUGCUGGACUUUUAUCUUGAUCACCUCGAAGCUGAAAAACAGUUAAUGACCAAGAACGAAAAGCAUAACAUAUUCCCUGAUGUUGAACCCGUUCAACAAAUCGUACAGAUCAUGAAUGAUCUAUUUUCUGCGGGAAUGGAGACGUCCCUGACAUCAUUAUUAUGGACCUGCAUCAUGAUGAUGAAGCACCCUGAAGUUGCAGAAAAGGUGCGAGCUGACUUGAGAGAAGUCGUAGCACCUGGUGAGCGCGUGACUAUGGCUCACCGCUUGCAACUGCCAUAUAUCGAAGCGGUGCUUAUCGAAACAAUGAGGAUGGUGUCAAUCGUGCCGUUAGGAACGACGCACGUCAAUACUGCGGAAUGGAAAAUUGGCAAUUACACGAUCCCCGCAGGUACUCACAUUGUACCGUUGAUCCACCGCAUGAAUAUGGACCCCGACAUUUAUAUGGAGCCCGAACAGUUCAGGCCCGAGAGAUUUAUUCGGGAUGGAAAAUUUGUAAUCACAGACACAUUCAUGCAAUUUGGCAUAGGACAGCGCAUGUGCAUAGGCAACCUUCUGGCAAGAAUGGAGCUGUUUCUUUUUUUCUCUAAUAUUAUGAAUAAUUUUGAAUUCCGCAUGCCAGAAGGAGAAGAUAUUCCAGGUUUGGAUGGAAUUCUAGGUGCCACACAUGCGCCGUUGCCAUUUAAAUUAGUCUUUAAGAAACUGGAGGCCUAAGUUCAAAUUCUAACACGCUAUAGUUACCUGAAGCAUAUCUCUUACGUAUUCAAUAGUAAGACUUUGCUUGUUUCUACUUAUUUAGGCAUCAUUAAUACUGAUUUUUAACUUUGUAAUUUUUAAGUUUACGCCUUUUAAGCGCUACUUUUGGUACCUUAUUAUUAAUAUUGAAUGUUUUAGAUUAAGAUAUUGUUUGUUUUUAUAAUAAGAUUGUUUUGUGCAUUUUUGCCAUUGUUACCAAAAUUUUUUGGAUUAGCUAUGUAACUUCAUAAUUUUAAUUUCAUCCGCCUUUACAUUUUACCGUCUAUGUUCCAUGCAUAUUAUACGAUGUAAGUCUUAGAUUUUACAAAAUCAUUUAUAAGUUAGAUUAGAUCAUUAUUCACUGGCUUUACAACUUUCACUGCUUUGCUUCCUAGGAAAUUGUAUUGUUAAUAUCUUUAGCAGUAGUAUUGUUCAAUCGUGAACAAGGUCUAUAAGGGUUGUGUGUACUAUUGUACUCAAGUUGUAUCUAAGUUAGAAAACGCUUACAUUAUUAAGUUCCUUAAAAAGGAAUUAAAUUUUAGUUAAGUUAUUUAAGUUUUUAACUUGUGAUCAAAUAUGAGUUCAUUAUAAUGUUAUUAUGUAAGGUUA